AUGUCUCGAGCGACCGAAUUACCAGCAGGGCCCGUCGUGGGCGCUAGGAUUAUCAACGAUGCCAGCGAAGCAACAACACAGAACCGCCACUUGGCCGCCGGGUCACAAAAUGCAUUGACAACCUCGCCAACGAUCACAUCCCUCCCAGGAACUACAGCAGAAUUCGACCCUCACGUGGGCGCUAAGCCGUGCUCGCCCUUUUAUUCACACGAUACCAACAACAAUUCACUCGAGUAUCUCAAAAAUGAAAGCACAAUAACGGCGCAACGAUAUGGCUCGAACGACUUGGAGAGUGGCACGCCAUCUACACCGCAGAAGCAAUCGUUAGAAGUGCACGGGAGGUGUCGACCUUCGAAGUUGUGGAUGCAGAAGAAGAGGAAAUGCGACUGCAUGUCAUCACUGACCAAGAGGCAGCGAUUGUACGUCAAGCUUGUACUGGCAUUGUUUAUUGUUGGUGCCAUGAUCGGCAUUGCGAUGGGGAUCACAGUUGCCGUGGGAGGAGGAGUCUGGAAGUCGGCCAAUGUUCGGGGCCCGUUUGGAAGGUAG